AUGUCGACCACAGCCAUACUUCCAGUGUUUGGCCCGGAAGAAGAACCAACACAGAUGCUCGGAUUGAAAUGGCUACGUAGGCUCGAAAACCAUCUCUGCACGUGGCCAGGAAAAUCAUUGCCAUGGUCCAAUGAACAGCUGCCAGCUUGGUGCUCUCGAGGCUACGAUCUGGUCGUUGCAUUUCGGGAAUCCUAUGUAACAUGGUAUUGCGCCGAAUUCCGCAAACAACCAUUACGUCGAAUCGAAGUCGUCUACCCAUAUCAUUCCACGUCUGACAAUCCAUUUGCUUCAGCCAUAGCGAUUCGAAACGUCAUCAACGUUCAAGUCUGGGAGUGGAGGCGUCAGCCUCUUUACGUGGGAAAUCCAGAUCACGCCCAAGUCCACAAACUCUUGGACCUCGUGGAAGCGGGGCAGAAGAAGGGGGACUGGAUAUGUGCGCUGCCUUCAGACUUCCUGGAUGUCACAGAUAUGGUGAACUACGUGCCCUUGGACGAACUCAGGAGUAUAUCGCGUGCGCGUCGUAAGUUCGACCUGGAAGUUAUCAAGAGGGUGGGAGUCGACGCUUCUCGGCAAGAUGAGAAGCGAACGAGGGAGCAGAUGGCGAAAGAGGGGAAAUGGUCGGAGGUCGUGUACGAGCCUUACGAAAAGCUCAUGCGGAAGUACAUGGGCAAGGAUGAGUCUUGGUCUUACCGUGUCGUGUUGUCGAAAACCCCAAACCCAAGUACCGGCUACUAG